AUCGUCACUUAUUAUCUCGGACUGCGGAAAUCAUGGUUGGCUGCUGAGUGGUCCCAUCAGACUUGCCCAUUGUGGCUCCGUGUCCCAACCCGAGGUAGUAGGAGGACUGUAGAGGAGCCGGCAAAAAUGAAUACUCUCCCUUCACUCCUCCAACGCUUCUACCAUUCGAGCCAUUGUGUCGCGAGAGCGUCACGUUUUACCACGCGCAACACACCUUCCUCGAUACGAUCGACGAAACCAGCACUAAGACGAGCGUUCACCACGACCAUGACGGGAUCUCAACAAUUGACGCUGCAGCGCAUUGCCUUUACAGAAGCGAUACAGAAACAUGCACCGGAGUCGACAGCAGUAAUACACUCCUUGAGCGGGAGAUCGUUCAACUAUGGCAGUCUGCUUGCAGAUGUUGCUUCGCGGAAAGAGCAAUUGCUGAAAGAGACGGGCAAAGAUGCGGACACAAUCGCUGGGGAACGCAUUGCGUUCCUGGUGGAGAAUAGCUACGAUUAUGCAGUCACCCUUCUGACAUGUUUGGCCUCCAAUGCCAUUGCCGUGCCUCUCGCGCCUUCCUUCCCAGCAGGUGAGCUGCGGUACAUCCUUGACCACAGUGAAGCCCUCGCUCUCGUCCACACUGGCAAAUACUCCAAGCUGGCACAGGAAGUUCUCAGCGAGGGCCUGACACAUACACCAUUGCGAGUGGCAGUGAGCAAGAUCACCGAAGGCGCGAAGUCAUCCUCGCAGGUCCAACUGUCCGCUUCAACACCUGCUACAGAAGGUGGCAUGAUGCUCUACACGUCCGGCACCACAGCACGACCGAAGGGUGUCCUCCUCCCCACCUCUGUAUUGACAGCUCAGGCUCAAUCAUUGAUCGAAGCAUGGCAGUACACUCCUCAAGAUCACUUGCUGCACGUUCUGCCACUCCACCACAUCCAUGGUACUGUCAAUGCUCUCUUGACACCUCUUCUGGCCGGUGCCACCAUCGAGUUCAUGUACCCCUUCAACGUCGAUAAUGUAUGGAAACGUUUUGCGGCACCUUUUUGGAAUGACAAGGAGAAGAAGCCAAUCACAUUCUUCACUGUUGUCCCCACGGUCUGGGCUCGCAUGCUACAAUCCCAUCCAGACUUACCUGAAGACCUCAAAGCUGCCGCCGAUGAAGCUGUACAGCGCAAACAUCUCCGCCUUAACAUCUCCGGCUCUGCAGCAUUGCCUACUCCAACCAAGAAAGCAUGGACUGCCCUUUCGUCUGGCAACGUCCUUCUCGAACGCUUCGGCAUGACUGAGGUUGGCAUGGCACUCUCUUGCGGCCUCGCAGACGUCGACCGUAUCGACGGCAGUGUCGGCUGGCCCCUCCCCUCCGUUCAAGCCCGUCUCGUGGACUCCGACACUGGCGAUAUUAUCACCAGCGUCACCAAAGAAGGCGAAAAAGAACAUCCAGGCGAAGUCCAAUUGAAAGGCCCCACUAUCUUCCGCGAAUACUGGCGCAAUCCCGAAGCAACGCAAAAAGAGUUUACUGAAGAUGGAUGGUUCAAGACUGGCGACAUUGCGAUCCGAAAAGAUCUAUCCCACAUUGAUGGAGCAGGUACCGGCCAGAGCGGAUCUUGGGCGACUGGACCCGCAUACUUCAUUCAAGGCCGUAAGUCCGCCGACAUCAUCAAGACUGGUGGUGAGAAGGUCUCUGCAUUGGAAAUCGAGCGCGAACUCCUGUCUCUUCCAGAAGUCGAGGAAUGCGCCGUCGUUGCCUUACCCUCGGAAGCCUGGGGCCAGAAAGCUGCGGCCGUCGUCGUAUUGUCUGAACAAGGAAAGACUGCGGGCAAAAAGCGGAAGCGAAGAAACUCUGCCACCGGUGAGCAAGAGGAGACGUCGGAGUGGAGUGCGAUGGAUAUGAGGAGGGCAUUGAAAGACAAGCUGGUGGCAUAUAAGAUUCCCCAAGAUAUGAAGGUCGUUGAGAAGAUCCCAAGAAAUGCCAUGGGCAAGGUUAACAAGAAGGAGUUGGUGCCUAAGGUAUUUGGCGACUUGGAGAGGAUAAGGAGGAGGAGCAUUAGUCUUGCGGAGGAGAAGGCGUUGCAGAAGGCACUGGAGAAGGAGAGAGCGAGGUCGUAAGUAGGGGAGAAAAUUCCGGGAGCGAAUUGGAAGGACGAUGCAUAGUUGAUAUAGAUGUGGGCAUUGGCCUUGGAUGAGAUGGACAUAAGUAUCAGUAUAACUUAAUCAUCGCUAUCAUGAGGAAGAACGGC